AUGCCUUUUUUGCCCAUCUUCGAUGCGGUGCAUCGUUUCGCCACUAAGUACAGAGACGCUGCUCGACCGCUGUCGGACGGAGUUCGCCGGGAGCUUCGCUGGGCUGUAGGUUUACUGCCCCUCUUGUGGGCCAAUCUGCGGGCCGAGUGGGAGACGCGGGUGCAUGCUACCGUCGCAAGUGAGCAGGGGCGCUGGGUCGUGCAGCGGGAGGUGGACAUCGACUGGGCGCGGGCUCUGGGCCGGGAGAACGAUCGCUGGAGGCUCAACCCGGUCCAGGACGCGCCGGCGGCGGUGCUCGACGGGGGGCGGCAGGUCGUCUCGAGCGGGGGCUGGGGCCGGUCCGAGCACAUCGUGGUCAGCCACCGCCGUGACUGUCGGAGCGCUGUCGAGGAGCUCCGCGAGCUGGACGCCGACGAGCCCGCCGGUGGCGGUCUUGCCGCAAGGCAGGCCGCCCUGUCGACGUCGGCAUGGCCGCCGCCCCAGGCGGGCGCUCGCCGAGUGCACCCCGAGCAGCGGCAGCGGCUGGGGGUCACUCGGGCCGCGCCCCCAGUGGGCCGGGCCCGGCUGCAGCAGAGGUCGGUGCCGCCGCUGACCCUCGCCAAGUACGAGCUGGUCUGGAGCCGUUUCCUCGAGUGGCGCCGUCUGUCAGGCGUGCCCGAGGCGACUCAGCGGCGGGAGGGCCGAGCCCAGGGGGCGCCGUUUGAGGACCUCCUCGGCGCCUGGCACGCGCUCGGGGUGGCCGAGGAGUACCUGAACGGCGAGCAUACGCACAUCGGGUCGCACCUGGGGGCCGAGGCGAAGUUCCACAUCCACGAUUUCGGCAAGUCGGGGAGCCGCCGCCUCCCGCAGGCAAAGCAGAUUCUCCACGGGUGGCGCCGUCUCGCGCCCAGGCGCACCCGCCUGCCCCUGCCGCGGACGGCGGAGGCACUGCUAGCCGAGCAGGUGGCGCUGGACGGGCACUGGGCAACGGCCGCGCUGGUGGUACUGAGCUUCCACUGCCACUUCGGGCCCAGCGAGGACUUCAAGCUGCUCCUCGACCCCGUGCUG